AACCGCACCCUUUCGACCAACGCCUCUCUAAAUUUGAUAUUCAAAAAAUCCAGGCACCAUGAUCACAUCGAAGCUGCGCCUGCGCCGAGCACAGAUUCCCAGGUUUUCGAUCACGAGUCGCUGGUACAAUUGGGGCAGCUACGACGCCAGCUCUGGGGAGUGCUGCAAGAUGCGCGACAAGGAUACCACGGCCUGCAAGGAUGGAAAAUGGUUCUGUCCGGUCAAGUACGAGCCCAAUAAGUGUUACGAGAAACCACCCUUGGCAGUAGAAGAGUACCCCAAGUAUCUGCAGGAGAUCUAUAAUCGAGGCAAGACCAAUCCCGACUGCUUGCUGAAGCUGAUCCGCCACGACGCUGACCAUUACAAGCCGUCAGAUAAGCAGCGCAAAUUCCAGCGGACUUGGCCAGAGUGUCCGCUCCUCUGGCUACGACCAAAGGACUCUUGCUGUCCCGAUCAGGAGAUAUAUCUGCCCAUGAAUCGGCGCAUCCGCCCCCCGCAGGAACCACCACUUUCGGCUAUUGAAAAGCACCUCUUCCAGAUGAGUAUCUUUUGCAAGUCCGUCAGAGCUCCCUGUUGUAAAGUAGGUCGACGUCCGCCCAACUGCACCAAGCCGCGGAGGCCAUCCGAAUGCUGCAAGAAGUUCACUCCGAUGCCCAGUUUUUCGGAGGCCUGCCGCCAUCUGAUACCACGAUUCUGUGGCUCCGAGUGUGCCUGUCGUGGAGGGAGCUUAUGUGAAAUGUGGAACACGUAUAAUAAGUGCAACAAGUCGCGCAGGAACUGCACCAAGCCGUUAAUAGGGUAUUCUCCGUUAAGAUCCAGGAUGCGAUUUCCAUUCUGAGAGAUUCCUAAGUGUGCAGCUGU